AUGUCGAUUCCUUGUCUAACCGAAGAGACAGCCAAAACGGUUCUGCGUCAGGUGGAGUUUUACUUCAGUGAUAGUAAUCUUCCGAUUGAUGAUUUCCUCAAGAAGACGGUUACAGAGAGUGAAGAUGGCUUGGUGAGUUUGGCGUUGAUUUGCUCCUUUAGUAAGAUGAGAGCAUAUUUGAAGUUGGGUGAUACAAAAGGUAAUGAUAUUCCUGAAGAUACUAUCAAAGCUGUUGCUGAUACUCUUCGAACCUCUUCGGCUCUCAAGAUUUCAGAAGAUGGGAAAAAGGUUGGUAGGAGUACAGAAUUGUUGAAGCUGGAAGACUUGAUUGAUCAACUUAAUGCUAGAACCGUAGCUGCUUCACCUUUCUCGUAUGAUGUUAAAAGGGAAGACGUGGAAGCCUUUUUCAGCCAGUAUGGAAAGGUUAAUAGUGUUAGGAUGCCUCGUCAUGUAGCAGAGACAAGAGUAUUUUGUGGUGUUGCUUUGGUUGAGUUUCCUACAGAAGAAGAAGCCCAGAACAUUAUGAAGCAAAAUUUGGUCUUUGCUGGUCUGGAGUUGGAGCUUAAACCAAAGAAAGAGUUUGACGCUGACAGGGAGAAGGAUGAAGAAAAAUUUGCUAAUUACCAGCCUCAAAAGAGUUCUGCAAAGCAAAAGAACGAGUCUGAUCACAAGAACAGUUCUGAACAGGAGGCAAGUUAUCCUAAGGGAUUGAUCAUUUCAUUCACCCUCAAGCGUUCCGCUGAAGAGGAGGGUACCACAGAACAAAAAAGUUCUGAGGAGACAACCGAUAAGACAAUGGAUGAGAAUGAAUCAAAUCCAGCAGAUAAUCCUGAUGCUGAUAAAGAAAACACUGACCAGGCUCAGGGCCAAGGACCAGAGGAUGAAGAUGAUGAGGAGUCUCCUGAUUCUCUGACUAAAAAUGGGGAGAAAGAAGAAAAGGGAGCUCUGGCUACCCAUAAAGAUAAUAAGGAUGUUGUCUUACGUGAAGAUCUUAAGGCUGUUUUCGGAAAAUUUGGUGAUGUCAAGUUUGUGGAUUUCAAGAUGGGAGCUGAGACGGGAUACCUUAGGUUUGAUGAACCUGAAGCAUCCCAGAAAGCCCGUGCAGCAGCAGUAUUAGCCAAAGAAGGUGGACUAGCCGUGAAGAAUUUUAUUGCGGUCCUAGAGCCUCUUACUGGCGAAGCCGAAAAGGAGUAUUGGACUCUCCUUCGCAGCAAAGAUCGGUUUGACAGGGGUGGCCGUGGAGGAAGGGGAGGAAAACAUCAAAGAGGAGGGCGAUUCGGGCGUAAGAGGGGAUCUGAUUCCCCAGGCGGUCGCUGGAACAAAGCGCAGAAGGUCGAAGCAUGA